AUGACUAAACGAUCCAGACGUCUAGCGUUGAGACGGACAACCAAAGCUAGAUCUAGUUAUCAAGACUGCGACAUUGAUUCUUCUGUUAUCGGCAAGAGAAGAAGAACCGACCACCUUCAAUUACGCAAAAGGCAGGGUGCAAAGAUGAAGACUGGGCCAGAUGUCAUGGUAAGAGAAUCGACAGAGACCACCAUCGCGUCAUCUACAGAGUCGUCGUUUUACGAUUCUUGCUCAACCGGAUUAUGGGACACUGAUGCCAAUUCCGAUGGGCAUGAAGAUUACCCUCACCUCGACGAUAACGAUUUUCCAAACACUGCUGAUAGACUCAACCCUUUACUAAAACUAAGAUUUAACAACAAGAGGAAAUGGAGCUACAAAAGACCAAGACUUCUUUUUCGAGCUUUCGAACCUCAGCAUGGACUAUGCGCUCGACGCUUUCAAGACUCAGCUACAUCGAUACCUCGGCCACCAACUUACGGUGGUGACAAGUUCCGAAAGUUGGUCUAUCGACAUCUCAUUACAGAUAAAUUUCCGUCUCCUUUUCUAUCCUGGACUGAAAAUCCAGAGAGGGCACUAGAAAAACACCUCGCUAAGAGUUCAGAAAGACGCUCAUUAGCCAUUGUUGACUACAAUGUGCUCGAAGACGAUUUCGAAAAAUUCCACGGUAUAGGCACUGGGCCUUGGCUCGUGCCGAAAAUCUGCGAAACUUAUGUAUUCAAUGACUUACAGAAGAUCAACAAACGUUGGCCUCCUCGCCGGGGUGUGAAAAGGAGAAAAGGUUACAAAGGGACUGGCGAGUUCCUUAUAUGGGGUUCUGUCCCUGGUGAUCCUGUCGCCGUACUAGCUUAUGAGGAAGCUGUACGUCUAAUGGACGAAAUGAAAUCUCUGUCAAGUAUCAACUACGCGUCUGGGGUAGCCUUUAGCCGAUUCCUGAAUAAUGUUCCGCCUAAAUACAAAGCAGUGGUGGCGCGUAAACUUCUCCAUGCCUAUCAAAUUCCCGGGUACGAGAAAGACCGUCAUUUCGAAUCAUUCGUCCGCGGAAUCUACGGCGAUCCUCCCAAUUUCAGCGACUUGGACGCACACCUCGACGAAAUUAAUCUGGGUCAUGUUCUCAAUGGUUCAAGCAGCGCAAAUCCUAUUCAGUCACUGAGAUCUAUGCGGGACGCAAAGAAGAUAGGCAUUACAGUCGCAGUAUCGGCGAAGCACCGUCAAUCAGCAACUUUUCCUAUUCCAGAUGAAGGUACCCAGUCUCUUCUGAAUACUCAACUGGCCGAGAUGAGAUCGGAGUUUGGCGCGAAAGACGCCUGA